GUGAACGCUCCAUACCCAUCCAUAAUCCAUUUCACCACCUGUUGAAGCCUCAAAUCCCCCUCUCUCUCUCUCCCCUCUCUCUACCUCCGCGAAGAGGAAACAGCGUCGCAGACGAAGAGCGAAGCGCCUCACGCGCUCGAGGUAGGUCAGAGUUCAAUUGAGUCAGGAUGAGUCAGCAUUUAACAAUGCUGCACACAUUAAACUUUCCUGAUCAAUCUCAUUCUAAGUUUGUUAAGCUUACAUCAUGCCUCCAAUACAAUUAUGCUGCUGGAUCGCAGGUCUGCAGAGAGAUUCUCUUUAGAUUAGUUAAUUUGAGAUCUCACCGUCCACGAUGCAAAUUUUUUUGUUUGCAAGUAGCACAUUCAACAAAGGCAGGUCAUGUUCAGAAAGAGGACACGGACUAUGAUAAUAUUAGGUUGAAUUCACUUUUCCAUGUACAAACCCUCAGGAACUUUCCUGUCGAAAAACUUUCUGGAGAAGUUGUUCUUGUGCGUCUUGAUUCUACUGUCCUGUUAGAAUCACUACCAUCAGAUUCGAGGAGUUUAUCAUUGAAUAGAACCCUUGCAACCAUUAAGCAUUUGCAUAAUGCUGGAGCCAAAGUACUUUUAAUCAGCAACUGGGGCCAAUCUGCUGAUCCCAUGAUUUCGUCAGAGUUUCUUGCAGAUUAUUUGUCAUCGCUUCUCCAACUAAAAGUUGUCCCGGCCAGUGGAGUUUCUAAUUUCAUGGAAGCCAAUGCUGGAGAGUUACAGUAUGCUGAUAUUUUUCUUCUUGACGACCUGGCAAAGCACAGAGAAGAGGUUUCUAAUUGUCUCGAGUUCUCCAAGAAAUUAUCUUCUGGAGCCACUAUCUUUGUUAAUGAUGCUUUCUCCUUGUCACAUAAGAUUCUUGCAUCAACUGUUGGUGUUGCUCGGUUCUGCCAUGCAUCUAUUGCGGGGUUCUGCUUUGAAGAGGAGCUAAAUCAGCUACUGACGAUCAUCGACACCUCAAGACGACCAUAUUAUGCAAUUAUUGGAGGGAGUAAUUUCUCCAGAAAAUCAGCUGCUCUGCAUCAUUUGGCUUCUAAAUGUGAUGGGCUAGUUUUCGUUGGCAAAUUGGCAUUUCAAGUUAUGAAAGCCUUGGGACUUCCUGUUCCUGCAUUUUGUGUAGAACAAAAUGCUGUUGGGGAGGCACUAAAGCUGAUUAAGCUUGCAGAGAGUAGGAAAAUUCCAAUGUAUUACCCUGAUGACUUUUGGUGUCUCAGCGACAGCAGUACCAAACCACUAGAUAUAGUCAGAUCUGAUGAAAUAGUGAGUGGAUGGACACCAGUUGACCUAGGACCAUCAUCACUGAAGAGAAUUUCUUCCUUGAUUUCAGGAUGCAAGAAAAUUUUGUGGGUCGGUUCUUCAGACUGUGGUUUAUUAAAACGAAAUACAGUCGGAGCAUCAGAAUUGGCUCAGAUGCUUGAAACAACAAGAAAAAGUGGCUGCGAUGUGAUUGUUGUUGGUGGUGCAGCAUGCAAGGCACUGGCUGGAAUAUCAACUUCUUCACCUCAGUAUACAAUGUUCCAUAGUGCAUCAGUUGUUUGGGAAUUUCUCAAAGGAAGAACAUUGCCUGGUGUCACGGCAUUAGACAAAGCCUAUCCACAUGACAUUAAAUGGAAUACUAUCUUUAGCGAUCCAACUCGGCCUUUAGUUGUUGAUAUUGGAAGUGGAAAUGGUCUAUUUCUUUUCGAAAUGGCUAGAAGAUGGAAAUAUUCCAAUUUUCUUGGGCUUGAGAUUAAUGAAAAGCUUGUUACGCGAUGCCUAGAUUAUGUGCUUCAAUGCAACCUGAAGAAUGUACAUUUCAUAUCCGCCAAUGCAACUUCUACAUUUCGCUCUAUAGUUUCAAGUUAUCCUGGAGACUUGGUUCUCGUCGCAAUACAGUGCCCAAAUCCUGAUUUCAAUAAAGAAGAACAUCGAUGGAGGAUGGUGCAGAGAAUACUUGUCGAAGCAAUCAUCGAUCUUCUUGUAACCAGUGGAAAGGUAUUCCUGCAGUCCGACAUCGAGGCUGUUGCCAUCAGAAUGAAAGAGCAAUUCAUUCUGUAUGGGAAGGGGGAAGUGUCUGUGGAUGGGGGCGACGGAACGGAAUGGAUCGACGAGAAUCCUCUCGGCGUUCGCUCGGACUGGGAGCGGCACGUCAUCGGGCGCGGAGCUCCCAUGUAUAGAACAAUUCUCAUAAAAGCUUGAAGGAAAAUGAAAUGAGCAUUACUGUAGCCCAUUUUGUAAUAUCUUUCAUGUUUUAUGUAACUAAUAUUUCUACUCUUACGAAACUUGAUUUACAAUGGAGCUAGAAUUU